UGGAGCGCUCCAAACUGUCUGCUGUUUCCUAACCAUGCAGUCGCCCUCGCUGUGAUGCUUUGCAUAAACAGACCUUUUUUUUAUUGAAGGCUUCACUGUAACAGAGUACAGUGCAGCAUCACAAUGAAGAGUUUCCUGCUGGCAGCCUGGAUUCUAUCAGCCUUGCUCAGUUUUUCCUUGUGCCAGGAACGUCAGUACUACUUUGUCAAAAAGUUCCUGAACUGGGAUGAGGCUCAGAGAUACUGCAGAAAGCACCACACGGACCUGGCUACCAUCGGAAACUCUAAAGACGUGAAGCAAUUCCUCGACAUCGUUUCGUCUGCUGAUGACGACGUCUGGAUCGGUCUGUACAGCAAUAUCAACUGGACGUGGUCUGGCCUACUGAACAGUGUCGGGUCCCAGUACAGAAACUGGGAGAGUUCCGAUUACGAUCCCGACUUUAUUUCAGCCAAUCAGUUCUGUGUGUGCAUUGGAGACAAUGGAGGAUGGUGGGACUACGACUGUGCGAAAAAAUUCCCAUUUGUUUGUUAUAACGCAGGUACGACUGAGUUUGUGGCUGUAGAUGAAGCAAUGAGUUGGUCCAAUGCUCGGACGUACUGCCGGCACAACUUCACAGACCUGGCCACAAUCGGGAACAUCAAAGAAAACCAAUGGGUUCAAACCCUGGUACCGACUGGAUACUGGGCAUGGACUGGUCUAUAUAGAGAUGAAAACAUUUACUGGUCUGAUAAGAGUAGCUUUGGGUUCAGCAACUGGGAUCACAUAUCGAAUCUUAUUGGUUCUGACGCACGGAUAUGUGGAGCUACGUCUAAGGCAAGAUCUGCAAAAUGGAAGUUUUUACCCUGUCAAACACGACUGCCGUUUGUGUGCUACUCGUUCAAAGUGAUGAAGAGAAUAGUGAAGAUAAAACUGACAUCAACAGGUGCUUUGAAUCUGAGUGACCCCGAACAGAAAGCCCAACUCCUGAGGAAGCUCCAGGAAAAAUUAAGCGAAAGUGCAUCGUUGAAGUUCGUUGAGCAGCCAAAGAAGGACAAGAAAAAGACUGAAUUGUAG